AGCACGAGUGCAGGUUUACUGUAUAUCAGAACUGCUGUAACUGAAUUACAAAUUGAAGAAGUGUGUGUAUAAUAAUGUGUAUAUAUUGUCGCAGUUACCUGUGAAUUCGAUUACCAGGAAUUUCAUCAAGUAUAUUGACGUUUUAUGAUUUAAAGUUUUACAAUUACAAAAAUGGUCCACAGUGACUUUUAUUUUGACAAAACAUCUGAGCGAAGCCCCCCGGAAACGACAUCAGCCUCCACUAGCAACAGUGUCAAAGCGUUAUACCGUUUCAGACAGAAAAUCAAAACAACACACGACAGUCUUAUUUCACCAACGACGAACGAAAUAAUCGCCGUAUUCUAAACUUGUACUGCAACGGAACCUUGGUUUUCCACGGGACCUACGGGCGGCCCAAACACAGAGGAACGCGAAUGAUGGCGAAUUACCGGGCGUUUCACAGCCAGCUCGCGACCAUCAUGGAGACGCUGACUCGUGCGGCGGUGGCAGAGAUCUGCGAGCUCGUUGACGACGGUUACGCGGUUUUACACAUCGAGAUCUCACGCCACCAGAAAGAGAACGAGGAGCUCCGAAGGAAACUGCAGCUCAUAGAGUCCAUCGUCGCGGAGCGGGGGUACAGCGAGGAGACACCCGUGGCGCGCGACGGUCGGUGUGAUGGUAACCUGAGUAACGUUACUCGCGAGUCGCUAGUGGGCAGAAAAACGCAAGAAGACGAAGAGUCCACCAGCCGACGUACAAUGUUAGAGAUGCGUGAGCUUCGCGAGGAGGGAGAGUUGAUCCAAAUGCAGAUCAAAGAGGAAGGUCUCGAGCAGCCGCCGCUGGGAGAUGAUGACGACGAUGAGGACGAAGGUGAAAGUGUUUCUGCAGUAACUCACGACUCUCCGAAACCAGAUGUUGCCGAACUCUCGGGGCAGGAAUCUCACACACACUCACACUCCCCUGAUCAUGACACGCACUCUCACACACUCACGUUUGCAGACACACACUCCGGCGCUGAUGAGUCCCAGCACUCCAGCGUCGACUUGGCUGCUUCAGAUAAUGCUUCCUUCUCCCUCGCACAAACCUCGUCAGAUACCCGCGCUUCCCAAGUCCCUCGAGUGUUUCAGGAAGACUUGUGCUUGAAGGCUGAUAUGGAUCUGGUAUCCGACUGGGCCACACACUCUGUCCGUGACACACUCACACACUUGCAGAGCUCUCCACAGAGGGUUGGCGGGUCUGACUCUCUCGUAUCCCAUAAUUCUCCCUUGUUUGCAGCACAGCGGCUCGUUGCUCUGGGUAACGUCUCAGGACUGGGUCUGUAUGGCCGGAUGGGCGCUUUACGGACAAGUGGAGCCGGCAAGCGACACUUCAUCUGUUCGAUCUGUGGCAAGAGUUUCACAACGUCGCAGAGUUUGGACACACACAUGCGCAUUCACACUGGAGAACGACCGUACCGCUGUGAGCAGUGCGGGAAACGCUUCACACAGUCCGGACACCUCACGGCUCACCAGACUGUCCACACCGGAGAAAGACCAUACGAAUGCACCCGCUGUGGAAAACGAUUCGCAGGGAAACAGUACCUCCGCAUACACACCAAGAAACACCAUCCUGACUUGCAUGCACUUUCCCAUAUACAGACUCACACACUGCAGGACACGCUUCCAUGAAAGAUGCACAGGCUCACAACAGAGAAUGAAGGACACCAUUUUUGAUGUUUGUUUAAUAUAUUUUAUAUAUUCUGUUCCAAGUGUAUUUUUGCAGUGUUCCGGCACUUAUUUUAACAGGUAAUUUUGCAGAAACUAAAGCAGUGAAAUGCAUUCUGUAUACAUACUGCAGGGAGACCAUGUGAAAACCAACAUUAGAAAGCUGGAUUGAGCACAUUCAGAUUCUGAGACCUUCAAUAUGAAAUACUCCGUUUCACCUGAAUAGCAAAUGUACAGGAAAAUGUGUUGUUUGAGGAGUUUGUUAUGAUCUAAAUUAGAUAUAAUUAUAGAUUCUAAAUUUUUAUUUGCAGGAAGUCACAGCAAAAACACUAACUGGAUUUGUCUGUGUUGUAUUUAAUAGGAAUAAAUGGUUAAUUGAGGAA